CGGUGCGGGUAGGCACUGGUCCGUGUAACAACGGAACUUCAAACCCCACGAGCAAAUAAAUGAUGGACCAAGUCAUUGAUUGAAUGCAGCCCUGUUGCUCUUUGUUACCUCCAAUCCAGAUAGAUAGAUGAGUUCGACAACUGAUGCAGAUGCCAAGCCUGGAACAGGCGAUGCCUCCUCCCAACAGGAGGGUGGCUCAAAGGUGAAACAGGCUCUCGAGGGAGCUGGAGAGGUGGCGGUGUUGGCGGCCGAAACGGUGGCCGAUGCACUGACCGAUGGACUCUACUCCACCGUAAAGUACAGCGAUGAAGCGGUCGAUAACAACGAAGCCACUGUCAAAAACAUCGAGGAGAGCAAAGCGGACAAAAAGCAAAAAGAAGACGAAGAGUUUGAUGCCGAUGUAGAGCUUGCCGGCGAAAUCACGGCCAAUGUCCUCACCGGGGGACUGUAUGGAAUUGUCAGUUCCGGAAUAGACAUGGUCUUUGGCGACGACGACUCGGACGACGAAGAAAAAAAGGCCAAAAAGGAAAUGAAAAAACAGAUGAAAAAGGAAAAGAAAGAAAAAAAGAAACAAGAGAAAUAGAAUUCGCUUGUGACAAAUAAAUUUCUCACCAUCUGUGCGAAUGGUUUCCGUCGUAAAGCCAUCACUGACCGUGUCAACCCAUCAUAGACUUGACUCGUCGCAUGCUGUAUUUUUGUAGUUGAUGGUACCCCUGACUUGAAUCUUUAUGUAAGGCGGUCCAGCAAAUAUUCGGGGUGGUCGAUAGUGCAAUCAAUUGUGCUCCAAUUUCCCAUGGCGAUACCACCAAUUCCCUCUGAGGGCUAUCUCCAACUAUCUCCUCAUGGCUCAGUCAGCUACCGGUGGGUCGCGAAAAAAUGUGUAUCUAGUUAGUGGAUUGGAUAUCCACUCGACACAUUAGAAGAACACAAUCGCAUACAUGCAGAGUUGAUCUGUCACUCUCACAGAGAGAAGGCAGCCUCGUUUCUGAACCUCCUCUCCAAACAUUCUUCAAACCGGAGCUUCAACAAAUUUCUAGCGAUCUCAGC